CACCACCACACCACUAAGCAGCAUCUUUCUCUCUCUCUCUCUCUCUCUCUCUCUCGUCCUCCCUCUGAGCAUGCAAAGACAGUCUCUAGGCUCCCCUGGACUAAAACUCCAUAGCCAUGGAGAAGCGAAAAAGGAGAAGAAGUUCGAAGAAGGAGAACAGAAGCGGAAGAGCGGAGGAGGUACAGCUAUAACUGUAGAUGAACGAGAAAACCAGGUCAAGAAACCACACAGAUUGAUGAUUUCUCGGCCUGAGAAAUCCAUACUUCUGAUACCAAUCCUCACACUUUUCUGUUUACUUGUUCUCUACCUCUGCUCUUACGAUCCUUCUCAAACAGAUUUAGGUCAUUUCAAAGACAUUCGACGGUCUUGGAAGCCGACAGGUAAAUGUAGCUUCAUUGACGAGAUUAUUUAUCCUUUCUCAUAUUCACAGGGGGUUAGUGAUUUUGGACGAUUAUUAGGGUUGGAGAAAAGCGAAAUUUUGGCAAUCCGAAGCCAUUGGAGCUUACAGGAGAUUGGGAAACAAGCUCAAAAAUCUUGA